UUAGCAUAGCUUAGCAUAGCUUAGCUUAGCAUAUGUUACCUUAGCUUCAAUUAGCGUUAUUUCUUAGGGAAUGCACUUCGCGGGCUAGGUAGCUGUUUACAUUGGGAUUUAACAGUGAUUUAAAAUGCUAUUCAGACAUGGUAAACCUGAGCAUAUCAUAUGUGUCACCUGGAGGGCUGCGGUAAUGGCAGAUGACAAAGAUAUACUUCGAGAUGUGUGGUUUGGCCGGAUACCGGCAUGCUUCACACUUCAUCCAGAUGAAGUCACAGAGAGAGAAGCAGAACCGUUUUAUCUUCUCCUACCGAGGGUCAGUUAUCUGACUCUAGUGACCGACAAGGUCAAGAAGCACUUUCAGAAAGUCGUGAAAGCUGAAGAUGUAGACGAAAUGUGGUUUGAAUAUGAAGGGACACCUCUGAAGUGGCACUAUCCAAUUGGAGUGUUAUUUGAUCUCCAUGCUUCAAAUACAGCUCUCCCCUGGAGCAUCACUGUGCACUUUAAGCAUUUUCCUGAUCGAGACUUACUCCGCUGCUCCACAAACGCUGUCAUAGAAGCUCAUUUUAUGUCUACAAUUAAAGAAGCAGAUGCAUUUAAGCACAAGGGCCAGGUCAUCAACGACAUGCAGAAAAAAGAUCACAAGCAGCUGUGGAUGGGCCUGCAGAACGAUAAAUUUGACCAGUUCUGGGCCAUGAACCGCAAACUGAUGGAAUAUCCAACCGAGGAAUGCGGCUUUCGCUACAUUCCUUUCAGGAUAUACCAGACGCCCAGUGACAGGCCGUUCAUCCAGAAGCUGUUCCGGCCGGUUUCUCCCGAAGGCCACACACUGACUCUGGGAGAUCUGCUCAAAGAGAUGGUCCCUGCUGCCAUAUGCCAGGAUACAGCCCUUCUCAGAUUUAAUCCAAAGAUUAUAGUUAUGCGUGACAAAGAGAGUGAGUGAAGAAGAACAGAACAAAAUGAGAGAGUGCAGGAGGUAUGAAUAAGGGUCACAGCCAAAACAGGAGCUGUGUGGCUUUCUCCUCAGAGGAAGUCAGAUGUGUUCCACCAUGCAGGCUGGCCAAUCUGCGGGUGCUGUGUUCCUCGCUGCUAUUGUUCUCUUAUCUGAGACGGUAGAUGAAAGUAAAGGGACCACUACACACACAUACACACACACACACACACACACAAAAACACAUACACGCUCUCCUUUUCUUCAUUAAAGUGAAAGUGCCAUUGCUGGCAUUGCUGUUUGUUUGGGUUCCUUUACUUCCAUGUUGAGGAGAUGGAGGAUGCAGAUAAAUGAUGUGUUUAGAUCGGGAGAGAAAAGAGUUCUGGCGCACACUCUUUUUACAAAUACAGGGUGCUCUGUGUCUCCUAUGUCUAAUGGAUGUAACUUUUGGGGAUUAAUGCUGUAUUUUCCGGUGAUAAGCGGUCAACCAAUCCUUUCCCGUACGUUUUUAUAUAUAUAUAUAGUUCAUGGAAAAGCUUUGAUGGCAGCAAAACCUCAAGGAUGACUUAGUACAACACGCUGGGCUGAUUUAGCCGGGGAUUCCCACGGAGAAAACAGCAAGACAGAGCCAAGAAUGCUGUUCACCCACCAAUGCUAAGAUCAACAAUUGCUGUUAAUUAGCAUCUGGCCUCAGACACAAAAGAGUACUCGAAUCAUUUGGCUGUAAGCAGUUUAAAGGGGAUGAGCAGAGACAUGUAGCCGAUCGCACCGUCUCCUACGCUUUUUCAGCAUAUGAGAUUUCAAAACGUCAACAAGCCGAACUUUUUUGAGAAUCGAGAAAUCCCCACGCUUUAGAAGUCAAUCGGAACAGUGAAAGAUUUUUUUUUUGUUUGUUUUAUUUUUAAAUAUUUUUAACCAUCGUCUUAGAAACUGAGCCACGGUGGUAUUAUUUCAAAUAAAUGAUUUGCUCAGAAAGCCCCCGCCCAUCAAACCUUCACAUCAGCCUACGCUGUUAGUGGGGAAACCUACAGCUGGCCCACCCACCUCUCCACAGUCUGCAUCACUACUGAGCUGUCGAUCUUCACAGCACACUAAGAGCGUGCUCUCUUUUAGAGCUCUCAGGCUGAGUGUGUGUGACAGAGAUGGGGCAUUCCACUUCGGCACACAGAGUAUUCUGCCGAUCUCCUCAGACCAUAGCGGUGGAAAAGGGUCACUCUUAGAAAAGUAUCACAGGAUGGAAUAAACAAGUCAGAUUUAUUCAGAAAUGAUGUGGGUUCACAGCAUCCCAUCAACGACGCCGUGUUUGCUCAUACAGCCAGACCUCUCGGGCCGUGUAAAUGGGCAGAAAUGAGGAAUUGCGGUUUGAACAAAUAAAGUGUCGGCCAUGCUUGAGCAGGAACAUUGUAAUGUUCGGUCUCUCGGCUCUGCAGCACUCCACCACAGUGUGCUGUAUGUAUCAACAGCAACCGCAAGGCACAACUAGAGAAAGCAGUUAAACUUUCUGCUCUUCUGAGGUCUUUUUUUUUUCCUUUGGCGUUUAUGAUUAGCAUCUGGAUUCAAUGAUCGACUUUUGAAUAAAGAGUCUGCCUUAGAAAAAGAUUUCUGCUGUAGCGAACUUUUUUUUUUAAAAUAUAUUUUAUGUGAAUAUUUUUAUAUCUCUUUAUUCUAUUUUAAACGAUGGCAUAUGAAGUAUUGCCAGAUGUUUUAAUCUUUGUCACACGUGAGACUCCUUAUCGGCCAUAAUAUAUUUUCAGUUACGAGUUUUCUUUCUGAAUCCCCAUUUUAUUGGAAAAAAGUAAGUAACUUAAUUUCUUUUUUAAGAAAAUUAAAUGAUUAGUAUAGUUUUAUGUGCUCUUGGAAUUUCUUUAUAUAACAUUUAGAAUUUUUCAGAUAAAAUGGACACAAAAAGAUAACCAAUAAAGGUUAGGAAAAGAUUGAAAUUUGACAUUAAAAACAAAAAAAACUUCUUUAUGGCACUGAUAAUUACAAAGUCAGUAUUUGUCACAAUAUUUACAGCUUGUGAACAUUUUUGGCCAUGUGGAACAAUUUAGUGGUUACUACCAAUAGUUUUUUUUUUUUUCUUCCAUUGUUUACUGCAUUUUUAUUUUUCACACCUUCCUCCGCUGGAUAGUUUUUCUUUCGUUUAAGUCUGUAAAUUGGCGCAAAAAAAAAAAACAGCCCUUGGUAUUGUAGAAGUUCUUAUUUCCAUAAGUGUGCUACUCAGUAUGUGCUAAUCAUCUUAGCUAUCUAAAGGUCCAGGGAGAAGUGGAUGUGGCCAAGCAGAAGACGUGUCAGCAGUUUGACUUCAAUCAGUUUUACUGAUUAACCUCACAGGUGGGCGGAAGCUCAAAAUGACACACCGCUCCAUCAAGUACUCAAAACCCAUAACACGUCAAAAAAACUCAAGCUUUCAGCUUUUUGUGGCCUAAUUUGAGAUUGAAUUGAACCAGGCUCUAAGUCCACCCGGUCUGGAACAAACUGUAGUUUUGAAUAGACGGAUGUUUUCUAGACUCAAAACACCAUCUCCCACUCAUAUAAGAGCUUAUAAGAUAAAAAUAUCCACGUUUCUUCAGAGACUAAAUGACUGUUUACUCCAAAAGGGCCAUGUUCUCCCAGCAAAACGGUGAAGGAGUAACCAUGACGUACUCGCUUCCAAACGAUCUGCUUUUGUGUUGCCGGUUCAUCUCUGCGCUCCAUGACUUAAGGUUUCAGUUCUGUUAUGCCUCUUCUGCUUGUAAGCAAGAAAACUUCGAUAAACAAGUAGUAAGACUCUUGAGUAGAUCCGGAGGUGUUGGUGCUUGUCAAUGCAUUCCAGGUAUAAGAGGACGAUCGUUCGAUCAGAUUAUUUACGUUGUAAUUCUAUAGAAAGCUUACUCAUGGAUGGAAGGCCAAGUGAUUCAAUUCAUAAGCACAUUUACCGUUCUUGAGUGCUGUUGUGUGGCCAUCGUCCUCCGUUCAUACAGUAAAUGGGCCACCGAUGCCACAUCCCUGCUGCUGGUUUUUACGGUUUCCUCUUUCACCGAUGUCACCACUCACUCGCUGCGUAAACAAAGUCAACAGGUGUUGUGAAAUCGCAAACCUUUAACCGUCUGUGCAACAUGAUGGUUUCGAAUACUGAGAAAUUGUUAUCAGGUUAUACUUGUACAACUGAACCAAUUUUCAUUGUAUUUAACGUUACCGGUUUCAGUAUGUAUAGAAAAGAAACUGGUGGGUAGAAAAGAACUCUGAUGACUUAAUUAGCAUUGACCUGAUUGCCUUCAAACUACGUACUGUGCAGUUUCAUGCACAAAAAAAUUCUCACACAAAUAAAAAAAAAAAAAAACGUCGACUCCUACCAUGUGCCCAUUUCUUCUCAGACGGUGUACGUUUUUUGUAACGCUGCAAGACCGAUACCGACGCCAAUAUGAGUAAUCUACUAGUAUUAAUCAAUCGGAGAGAUCGCAAAGCUCUUUUACCCGGUUUAAAUAUUGACCAGGAAAAGCGCUGGGUUAUUUUAAAUGGUUUUGUUUCUUCACGAGUAAAUAAGCACGGUAUUGGACCAAUACCUGAUAUCAGUAGCGGUAUUGAUGCAUCCUUUCUCGGUGGAACAACAACGUCAUAAAAAUCUGGACACACAGUAGUGUUGUCUCCUAUCGGUUCUGAGUUCAGAUUACCGUCUGAGGUUCUUUGCAUGUUACCCCAUGUUCUCUGUGUUGUCUCUGAGCUCUGUGGUUUCUACCACCUCCUGAAAAUCUGUCAGUAGGUGGUUUGGUUUCACUGAAUUGCUUUUAUAUGUUAAUGCAUGUGUAUGGUUCACUGUAAUGAACUGACAUCCCAUUCAGGGUGAACGCCCACCUCGCUCCCACAGACACCACCUCUAUUCGCCACGACCUGGAUCAAGAAAAGCGAUAGCUGAUGGUGAAUGUCAAUAUCGACAAUAUUGAGGCAAAUAAACACCAAAAGCCCUGAAGGGUGUGAGAGCCGGAGGGAAUUUGACGGCAACUUAAAUCACAGUUUGGUUUCACAUUUACAAAGACCAGUCAUUUUCAACACUUUUCUUUCACCUUGGAACUCUGUCCAGGUUUCGCGUCGGAAAUGUCAUUCACUAAUGUAAGUCCACUAUAAAAAGUUUAAAACGGUCCCUGAUGAAAUCGCUGAUGGAUGUGAUUUGUGUAGGAACACUCUCGUGGGUGUCUGUGCUCACUUUAGGAUCCAUUGUAUGACCGUGUUAUUUCUUCAGUCUCAUCGAAAAACCCCUUUGUGUCAUACUGAGAGUGGUUGAGGGGAAGGCACCCACCCUCCGAGAGAGAGAGAGAGAGAGAGAGAAAAUAUGAGGGUUAACUACAAGAGUUACACCACCCUUCAACUUUUACUCUCUGUUUUCAGGUGUUGUGGUUUGGUUGAACAUUACGUGAAUCUUCCUGUUACUUUCUCUGUCUAAAAAGGAAUCUGUUUGGAUUCAGUUAUUGAACCUAUCCAGCUCAUUUAAAGAUGGAUCGAUCAUUUUACAAGCCAUAAGUGAUUUUUUUCCCCCUCGGAUAACAUAUCCCUAAAGGUUAUCGUGACUAGUUAAAGAUAAAGUUAAAAAAUAGUUAAAGAAGAAACUUCCGUUUAACCUUUCUGUCUGUGUCGGGCCGUGUUUAACGGCCAAACCGCUCUUAUAACGGUUAUCUUGUUAUGAUGUGUACAUGCAUUUUAGUUUUGGGCUUAAAACAGCCAGGCUGUUAGUCAUAAUGUGUGGCUAGAGCUCCGCCCCUUGCGUUGCACUAAAUUUGAGUUUGGUAUGAGUGGACGAUAGGGUGUGGCCUCCAAGAGUCUGACGCCAACUUUAUCCUGUUCGUGUCUUCUUCGUUGUUCUCGCUCUCUGUGCCCUAGUGGUAACCCCAGGGCCAAUGUAUGGCUUGUAGCUAAAAGUUGUCACAGAUUGAUGGAUGGAGUCUGAUUACCAAGGCACGAUGUUCGUGUGUAUGUGUCUGAGUGGAUGGGUGUGGGUGUUAAUUACAGGCUGCUGCUAUGGUAUCGGCCAUAAAACAGUCAAUUGCCAACACGUUGAACAUUGUGGAUGACUCAACAUACACGUAUGAUAUGAUAUUCAGCUUUCAUCAUAUAGGCCAUAUAUAUAUAUA